AUGGAGAAGCAAUCUUCAAAUGCGGAUACCGCCGAGCCGGCACCAGCCCGCCUCGGCUUUGAUGUCUUUGACACGGUUCUCACAAGGUACAUGGACGAGCCCCAAGAUAUCCUCAACUUUUGCCUUGCGAACAAGGAAUACUACGGCCUUUACAACCACGCCCUAUAUCGACACAACGUCCGCUACGGUGAAAGCUCUGCUCUGGAAUGGGCUGCCGAGAGAGGCAGAUUGGACCUGGUUUCAACCAUUCUCAACGUUCCCCAGGCGGAAGUGUUUGCCCCGAAGGCGAUAUGGCACAGGGUCCUCAGAAUCGCACAGAAGCAGAACGACAUGCGCUUAGCCGAAUUGCUGUUCGAGAGGCAACAUGUGCAAGAUUUCAUCAGAAUUGCAGGGACAAGCAAAGAUGAAAAGGAAGGUGAUCGCCCGCAACAGACAACCACGACAUCAGACGACGAAGAAUCCGACGACGAAGCAUCCGACGACGAAGAGGCCCGCGAGCAAGAGGCUCGCAAUCAAGAGGCCCGCGAACAAGAGGCUCGCAACGCAGAGUUUCUACUGAAGCCAAUGUUCGGAGCUGCCAAACAUAACCAGCGGCGCCUCCUAGAGCUCUAUCUUUCCCACGUCAGCGUGGACCUACAAAACAGCAAUGGUUUGACCAUUUUGCACCGCGCCACCGGCAAGGGACAUUUUGAUCUUGCGAAGUUUCUCUUGGAGGAGCACGGAGCCAAUCCUGAGAUUCGUAAUCCUCGUGGCCUCAGGCCCAUUGAAGUGGCAGCUCACGACAACCAACCGAGGCUUGUGGAGCUGCUUCUUUCAAAAGGAGCUGAACCUCGCUGGGAUGGCGGUGGCUUCUGCGCCGGAUUGACGUCCGCGGCCACACAUGGCUACGAGGCCAUCGCGAAGCUCUUUCUGAAGGAUCCUCGAAUUGACCCUCGUAUACGGGACACAAACGGCGAGUCGUGCUUGGAACUCGCUGUGAUUUUCGGUAGCACGGGAGUAGUAAAGACGCUUCUUGAAGAUGGCCGAGUUGACCCCAAUGAGCAGAACGACUGGGACGAAACGCCCUUGGGAUUGGCUGCGCAAAGCUGCAGACACGAUAUAGUUCGUCUUCUUCUUGACGAUGACCGAGUUGACCCAAAUGGAAAACACACAAACGGCGCGACUCCCAUAUUGGCGGCCAGCUCUUCAGACGGACCAGAUAGCGUACCAAUCGUUAAGAUGCUAUUAGGGGACUCAAGGGUCGAUGUUUGUGCACGAGAUGAUGACGGAUGCAACGCUUGCGUGCUGGCCGCGAAACGUGGUAUUCUCCGCAACCUCUGGGCACUGCUUCGGAAUCCCCAUAUUGACCCGGACCAGGAGGAUAACGACAAGAAAACGGCGGCCAUGUAUGCCGCGGAGGGCUAUCAACAACCGGGAGAAGCAACUCCCGUAUAUCUUCGAAGGAAGAAGCAUUUCGUGCUAAAGGCCCUUAUUGAAGAUGAGAGAGUGGACCUGAACAAGGUAGACGACAACGGACUGACGGCGACGCACUGGGCCAUCAGGGGCUCCAGGCGAGAGAACCUCCGGCUGCUGUUGGAAUCGGGCCGAGUCGACGUGAACCAGGACAGCGGCCCUGGGCGUCGGACGCUCAUAGAAGCCUGCAUUCUGAAAAAUAGCGACUUGACAGAGAUUCUGCUCGAUUCCGGCGGCGUAGACCUUUGCAAGAGGAAUUCAGACGGCGAAACCCCGCUGAUGUUUGCAAUCCGGACAGCUGGGAGGGGGAACCGGGAUAUCCAUAGCAGUAUAUGGAUGGUGCUCGAGAAGGAACCAUGCAACCGGCUUGACCUCAAAUACGGCAAUGGGCUUACAAUACUCGAACAUGCAGUUCAAGCGGGCGCGGAGAGCAUCGUACACACGUUGCUCUUCACUUGUCAGGGGCCUGUGACGCCGAGAGCGAAGGAACUUUGUUCGCACAGAGGCAUCAGGGAGGCGCUGAACAAGCACAAGGGUAAACCAUCCGGGGUGUGGACAUCUCGACGUUGGUGGAAGUGGCUCGGAAUAUGGACGCCGAUGUUUUUCUUGAGCUAUUAUUGA